CAUAGUUAUGGCUUCAUCACUUCUGACAUCUUCCGGUAUGAUCCAUACCACCGGUUCCACCGUGGUUGGCCGGUCAGUGUUACCCUUUCAAUCUUCCCUGCACUCUCUUCCCCUCACCCAUCUAUACAAGAAGCCGGCAUAUUCCAUCUCAUGUUGCUCUUCUGUGUCCAAAAAUGGUGCAACUAAUGCUACUGAUCUCAAACACGUUGUGGAACGGUGGCCGGAGUACAUACCAAACAAGCUCCCCGACAACAACUAUGUGCGUGUCUUCGACACAACGCUCCGUGACGGUGAACAAGCUCCCGGUGGAUCCCUUACUCCGCCGCAGAAGCUAGAGAUUGCCCGGCAGCUUGCUAAACUCCGAGUAGACAUCAUGGAAGUCGGUUUUCCGGGAUCAUCUGAAGAAGAGUUAGAAACCGUUAAAACUAUCGCUAAGACCGUGGGGAAUGAGGUGGAUGAGGAAACAGGUUACGUCCCCGUAAUAUGCGCCAUCGCACGAAGCAAACAUAGAGACAUUGAGGCGGCUUGGGAGGCGGUAAAGUACGCGAAGAGGCCAAGGAUACUCAUAUUCACAUCUACUAGUGACAUUCACAUGAAAUAUAAGUUGAAAAAGACUAAAGAAGAAGUGAUUGAGAUGGCCGUGAGUAGUAUUAUGCUCGCUAAAAGCUUGGGCUUCAAUGACAUCCAACUUGGGUGCGAAGAUGGCGGCAGGUCGGACAAGGAGUUCCUAUGCAAGAUUCUAGGAGAAGCAAUAAAAGCGGGUGCUACGGUGGUGAACGUCGCAGACACAGUAGGGAUCAACAUGCCACAUGAGUAUGGAGAACUCGUAACCUAUCUCAAAGCAAACACUCCUGGAAUUGAUGAUAUCGUCUUCAGUGUUCAUUGUCACAACGACCUUGGUCUUGCUACCGCCAACUCAAUUGCCGGUAUACGUGCGGGAGCAAGACAAGUGGAAGUAACGAUCAACGGAAUCGGUGAAAGAAGUGGGAAUGCGUCGCUUGAAGAGGUCGUGAUGGCUUUGAAAUGUCGAGGAGCAUAUGUGAUCAAUGGUGUUUACACAAGAAUAGACACACGCCAAAUUAUGGCUACAAGCAAGAUGGUUCAAGAGUACACCGGCUUGUAUGUUCAACCACAUAAGCCCAUAGUUGGAGCCAACUGUUUUGUUCAUGAGAGCGGCAUUCACCAGGAUGGAAUAUUGAAAAAUCGGAGUACAUAUGAGAUCUUAUCACCAGAAGAUAUUGGGGUCGUAAAAUCUCAAAACUCCGGCCUUGUUCUUGGAAAGCUUAGUGGACGUCAUGCUGUGAAAGAUCGGCUGAACGAGUUGGGAUAUGAACUCGAUGAUGAGAAACUGAACGAUGUCUUCUCACGAUUCAGAGAUUUAACCAAGCAUAAAAAGAGGAUCACGGAUGCUGAUAUGAAGGCAUUAGUAACAUCUAGCGAUGAAAUCUCUUUAGAGAAAUUAAACGGCGCUAACGGUUUAAAGUCUAACGGCUAUGUACCAGUUCCUCAGGUUUCAUCAAAUAUGCUAUAAAUGUGUAAACACGUACGUUUGUAUGCUUUUGUACCAUGGUAAUAUCAAGUUCCAUUUGAUAAUGCCAUGUCACUUGUGUUGUUGUAAUGAAUAAAAACAGUAUUAAAUA